AUGGCGUGUUCUUUGCGGGAACGCAAAAUUGAGGCAUUGAAGUGCAUGCUGAAUUUUAAUACAGCCAGCACUAAAGAGGAUGAGCCCCAGUGGAAACUUCUUAUAUACGAUCGGAUUGGGCAGGACAUUAUCGCACCCCUUUUCUCAGUGAAAGAACUUCGCUCUGUUGGUGUAACUCUCCAUCUGCUCCUUGACAUCAAACGUGAACCCAUUCCCGAUGUCCCUGCAGUAUAUUUUGUAUAUCCUUCAAAAGCGAACAUCACUCGUAUUUGUCAAGACUUCGAGUCCGAUCUCUACUCGUCUUACUACCUCAAUUUUAUAAGUCCCAUAUCUCGUGAGAAUCUGGAACUACUAGCUGAAACUGCACUCACGGAGGACUGCAUUCAGCGGAUUAAGAAGGUCUAUGAUCAGUACACCAGGUUCAUUUGCCUGGAGGAUGACUUAUUUGUACUUAACGAGCAGCUUUCGAGUCAGGAAGGAACUUUCUAUGCUCUGAACAAGACCUCCUGCAAUGAGGAAGACAUUCUAAGAACCACCGGUUUCAUAGUCGACAGCCUCUAUUCCGUGUUUGCCACUCUCGGCACUGUUCCCAUCAUUCGCUCUUCGCGCUUCAACGCAGCUGAGGCGGUGGCCAAGGACCUGGACAAUCGCUUUCGUGAAAGCCUACGGGACUCCCGAAACACCCUUUUCUCUGGCAUGGAACAUAGAGCCUUUAGUGAGGCUGGCAAGAAUGGUGGUGCCAGUGCUGCUGCUCUCAAUCCUUUCUCAUUUCAGCGUCCUCUGCUAAUCAUUCUCGACCGGGUGUUGGAUUUAGCCACGCCUCUGCAUCACGCGUGGACCUAUCAGAGUCUUCUACACGAUAUUGUGGGCAUACACCUCAAUCACGUGGAGAUGGGAACGCAGAACUUGGGCGAGGCAGAUGACGUGCGGCAGGCGAAGAUGAAACGCUACGACCUCACCACGUCGACGGACCGAAUCUGGCGAACUCAUCGCGCUUCUCCCUUCUCCGAUGUGGCGGGUGCGCUACAGGAGGAGCUAGGUGUCUUGCAAGAUCGGGAGAAGAAACUGGGAGCUCUGAAAGCCUCAGUUGCAGAGGGACAGACCUCCUCGACUAACGGUGGUGUCAGUGGUGUUAGCACAGAUGCCACCUCUGCACUCACUAGCACCAUAAACACUCUUCCCCAAUUAAUGGAGCAGAAAAGAUGCGUGGAUAUGCAUAUGCAUAUUGCGACGUCUUUAGCCAAGGAGAUCAAGAAUCGACAGUUGGAUCUCUUGAAUGAUGUGGAAGAAAAGCUUAUCACUCUGCAGUCACUCCAGGUAACAAGAGAUUUAUCAUUUUUUUGUUCACCCAGUGUGCUUCCACACGGAAUUCCAUCUACCUUCUUGCAAUUCAUACUAGAGCACUCGCUACCAGAUUUGCUAAAGAUGGAGUGCUUCAGCGGCGAGGACAAAUUACGUCUCCUCCUUAUUGCUGCGCUCUCCUGUAACUCCGCUUCGGCCGGCUCCCCCAGUGGUGGUGGUGGCGGUGGUAGUGCCAACGGAGGAGGUAGUAGUGGCGUCGGCGCAGGUAGUAGCUCCAUUGCCUUCAACCUCUCCAGUAGCGAUCUCGACCGAUAUGGUGAACAGCUCAAGGCUGCUAAUCCCGAUCUCGACAUCUCAGCCAUUCGAUAUGUUCAUCAGCUCAGACGAAUAGCGCGACUGUCGCAGGCAGGUGCAGGCACCUCAGGCACCGCCUCGGAGGCGGGUAAAAGCAGCACCGGUCGAGCGAUGUUCAACAAACUUGUCUCUCACGGCUCUGCCAUGUUCCUGGAGGGUAUGCGUGUCCUCUCCGGCCGCAAAUCCUACUUUCCCUUCACGCAAAUUGUCUCACAGUUGGUAGAAAACAAGAGAGACAUGGAGGACUAUAGCUACUUUGAUCCUAAGCUACACAAGAGAGCCGUAGGUGGAGGUGGAGCCACAAGCGUUCCCCGAGCUAAGCAGCCCUUCUACGACGUCUACGUGUUUGUGGUGGGCGGAGGGACUUAUACGGAGUACCACAACCUCUUACAGUGGUCUCGCUCUAGCACCACCCCCGGUGGCGCGAGCGGUGGUGGUGGACUUGGUGGGAGCGCCACCCACGGCAGUUCCUCUUCCCUCAACGCUCUUGGUCUCUCGCUCUCCGGGUCGGGUACCUCGUUGGUCGAUUUGACCACCUCAGGCACUGCCUCCGCCGCCGCCUCUGGCACUGCCUCCACUCGGCGGAUCACCUACGGAGGCACCGAGAUUCUUACUCCCAAGCUAUUCCUCGAUCAGCCGGAAUACAAAAGCAACGUAAAGGUUGAUUAUGCCCAUCGCAGGGAGUUAAUCCUGCGUAACAGAAUACUUUACACUAAGUUACAGACAGAUGAGUCAAUGCCGACUGUUGAGGAGCGGGCUUCGUCUCCACUGUCAAAACGAAAAAAGCUUGAUGAGAUUCCCGAUCCACUCCAAAACAUUCUUUCGGAGACGGAUGUAGGGAUAACGGUGUUUAUGUGCGUGAAGAAUGCUGGUUUCCAGGGUACUAUGAAGGGCAGAUGGGAGGACUUUCUUGUUCGGGAGGUUGACCUCUCUGGCAAAAUAUGCAGACUGUCAUCUCUCGUACCAAAGAACACUAGCAGUGAUGUUUCUUCUGCUGCAGAUCCAUCUUCAAGUUAUAUCAUCCCUAUAGAAAUUGAUGAAAUACUCAAAGAAAUUGACCGUGAGACCAUGUUUGAAGCCUCGUUUCCGGCUUCUGAGGAUAAAAAUGAACGCGAAAUGUUUCAUAAGGCUAUUCGUCUCAAUUACCCAUCUCUUGUCAGCAAAACGGUGGAAGUGGAUAAUAAUCGGUACAUACUCGUCACUCGUGGCAGCCUUGUCAAAGGCAAGAAAGCAUGGGAACGUACCCCAAAGUCAAAUGAUCCGCCAAAGAAAACACCAUUUUGUCAUUUUGUCCUUUAUAAGGAGGGCAAAGACACUAUGCAAGCACUUCACAUAGUUGGACGUCUGCUCAAAAUUAAUUCCAACUCCUUUAACUAUGCUGGGACAAAAGAUAAGCGGGCUGUCACCACUCAAAAUGUUUCUAUUAAAAACAUCUCAGCACGACGUCUGUCCACGCUCAAUCCACGUUUGAACGGAAUCAAACUUGGGAACUUCUCCUACUCUGCGGAUUCUAUUAAGCUUGGCGAGCUCUAUGGCAACAGGUUUUCCGUAGUGAUUCGAGACGUUGUCGCUGAGGAUGGUGUCUUGCACAAAGCAAUUCAGGAUUGGCAAAAGCAUGGAUUUAUCAAUUACUUUGGCUUGCAAAGAUUUGGCCACUGUGCUGAGGCAAGAACAUACGAUAUUGGAAAAGAAAUAAUAAGAUGCAAUUGGGAGAAGGCUAUUGACCUUAUCCUUACUCCGACUAGCUCAGACCUGCCUGUCGUCCGACAAAUAAAGGAGCGUUACCUGAGGACCCAGGACGCUAAAGCUUGUGGCGAUGACAUGCCCCAGUGCCUUGAGAAGACCCUACUUUUCGGCAUCGCCCGUCAUGGAAAAACACUUGCUGCAUUGCAAACGCUGCCUCGGAAUCUGCGCCAGCUGUAUGCGCAUAGCUACCAGAGCCUGGUGUGGAACAAGAUCGCAAGUCGUCGCAUUCAGGAGCUAGGUGUUGAUGAGGGUGACAAGGCUCUUGUAGGCGACCUCUACUUCGCUAGCUGCCCGUCGAUCUCAAAAGGCCUCCGUUCAGUAGACUCCUCCUCCGAGAUGUGCUAUGACGAGUCCUUCGACCAGUCCUCCGCGACAGUACCUGUCGCAGAGGCGGCGGGUGAGGAAUGUGAUGUGGAUGGGACGGCGGGAGUGGGAGUAGGAGGGACGGAGUUACGGAUGCCCAAAACCCCCGUCACCCCCGCAGCCCCCUCGCGUGUCACAGAGUGUGGGGAGCGGCCUCUCAUAUAUCAGGUGGUCCUACCUCUGCCCGGCUAUGAUGUCGCCUUUCCCGAUAACGAGAGCGGGAAGUGGUAUACAGAGAUCCUCCACGAGGACUCGCUGAAAAUCGACGAUUUCAAUCACAAAGUCAAAGAUUUCGCACUGCCUGGAUCGUACCGCCACUUGGUUGUGAAACCGGAGGAUGUCCACUAUGAAAUCCGCGAGUACACAGAUUCACAAAAACCGCUGGUGCAGAGCGACUACGCCAGAAUGACUACCACCGAAUCGGCUUCUGUGGAUGGGGCUUCAUCUCCUUCUAAGGAGGAAGAAAAGCAUCGAGCUCUCGUGCUCGAAUUCACGUUGCCCAAGGCCGCUUACGCCACGAUGGCCAUCCGCGAGUUGAUGAAGGACGUCACUGUGGUACAGUUGCUGUUGGCCGCUUCAAUUGCGAUAACACAUGACAACUUGUGCAUCAUCCUACUGGUGUCGCUACACCUGCCCUCAACGGAGCGGCACUAUUCCUGCCCAUUUACACCUUGGCGAAUGCCUUUACCUUAA